UUUCCUACGAACGUGUGUAGACCUUGUGAUAAUUCCCGCGAAAAUCACCUCUGGCCGGUAAUGUGAUGGAAAAUUAUCAUCUACUGUCUCACGUCGCCCACGAGUGGCUGCAUAUAAUGAAGUACUCAAGACCACAGACAGAUUCGCCGUCCUCAUCGUUCGCAUGUACCUCAGUCCUCAACGCGGUCCUCAGAACUCCGUCGCGAAAUGACUCGUUUGUUCGUGAUUUCGAGUGCUUUCGUAGGUCUUUUCACUAUUUUUAGUGGAACUGAUGGAUUACAGAAUAUAGGGGUUAAAGACGCAACAGUUUGGAACGAGACAUGGAUAGACAAACUGAAAACGGAUAUACUUGCGAAUUAUGACACUCAUUCUCGACCAGCUCACCAUAAUAGUACCAUCACCGUUUACCUCGGACUUCAAGUGUAUUACGUUACUAUCGAUGAAUUCAAAUCGGCCGUUAACGUUCGUGCGUACAUGACAAUGGUCUGGGACGAUGACAAAUUGAGGUGGGAUGCAUCGAAAUACGGAGGUGUCCAUCACUUUCAAGUCCGCAAAUAUGAAAUCUGGGAGCCAGACAUUCUCCUGCUCAACGGAGCAGAUACUUCCAAAGCCAUGAGCAGCUAUGGUCUCGUGCCCUGCCACAUUCAUUAUGAUGGGACUGUCAGCUGGGCGCCACCGGUGCAAUUUCUCGCACUCUGCGAUCUUGAUUUUCGUCUUUGGCCCUUUGACACUCAGAGAUGUACGCUUAGAAUAACAUCCGCGGCAUCUACCGCUAGUCAGAUGGAUUUGAAGAUCUAUAAUAAUACUUCAACAGCAGAUCUGGGCAUAAUACACAAUACCGAGUGGCAGCUGAAAGAGAUGACAACAGGACGCGAGCUUUUCACUGAGAAAUGCUGUCCCGACGAACCAUUCGUCACGCUUCGGUUCAAUCUGACGUUGAAGAGGAGUUCAGUACUCUAUAAGAGCGUGAUUGUAACGCCUACAGUUUUCAUCGUCUUCCUGAAUUUGGUGAUUUUCUGGCUUCCGCCGCAGAGCAAGGAAAAAUUGGUCCUCUGCGGCUUUCUGAGUCUGAUGAUAUCCUACUUCCUCGUGUACUUCAUGCAGAAAGUGCCACCGUUACUGUCAAAAACUCCCCUAAUAGCUCGCGAUUUUCUCGUUCCAGUGACUUUCUACAGUGGCUGCCUCUACCAGGUGACGAUAUCCUUGGUUAUUUCCAUAGUGGUUAUAAACUUAUCAAGGAAGCCGCAUUGUCGACCGCCUCCACGGGUCUUUAAGGAAGUCCUGAUGGGUCCGGCUGGAGAGUUUUUGAGGCUUUCUGAUGUAAUACUACUUAUGCAAUCUCAACGACAAUCCGGACUACAAGAACUCACAGAGUCUCCCCUCAGUGAUCCCUCUCAUUACGCGUCGAACGUACUAUCGAACCAUGCAGAUGAUGCUGAUGAGAACAAACUGAUGUCUUCUACGUCGAACACCGUUCAGCUAGAGUGGAUUUUGAUUGCUACCGCGAUUGACAGAAUUUCCUUUUCUCUUUUUUGUGUGGUGUUUGCAGUAAUGGGCUCGGUCUGCAUCAUGUCUUGAAUGUAAUCCAUUACUGUUGCGUGUCUAACAUGCGAAAUUAUAUAACAUCUUUUGAAUUUU